AUGCUGUGUAUCCUGUGGACUCAGUGUUGGGUGGAGACCAGCUUGGGUCCAGACGUUUCGAGCAAUACCGCUGCCUCUGAAAUAUGGCGAGACCGGUCUUUAACCCGCACAUAUAUAGUAUACGUGGCCUCGGACGGGAUUCGACUCUCCGGCAUCGCUUUCAACGAGAACUAUCGCAAACGCUUCGUACUUCCUGUCGAAGAAACUGCGCGGUGGGAUACCAUCUGUCACGGUGGAUUCAUCCACCUAUGGCCGACACCGGAUGACAUCGAACAAAACGCAUUCCUAUUCCAUGAGGCUUGUUGGAACCUUCUGAUGGAGCAUUUUGGGCCAGGGGAACUUCGUCUGGACCGGCUUUUUGAGGUUUGUCCCGUGCUCCUAAAGAUGCGUAAUGUAUCUCGUUUUCAUUGCAGAAAGCCUGAUCCAUGCGACGUUCCGACCAUCGAGGACGUCGUGCAGUCUACAACUGUCAUCCAGAAACCAAAGCAAAGAGUAGCUAAUAGUCUGUAUGGAACCCAAAGUACCAUGGCAGACCCUCUGGGAAUACUUCCAUUUGAGAUCCGAGAGGAGAUAGCAACGUACUUAUCAACAGCGGAGAUGUUUAACCUCCGUCUUGCUUCGCGAGCAAUGCUCGAUAUAUUUGCAAGUCAGACUUUUUGGAAGACUCGGUUCUAUGUAAACCAAGAUUGUGGUUUUCUAGGUUAUUUACUCACUGAUCCCACAAAGAGAAAAUCUUGUCCGACUGUGGAUUGGCGGCUUCUCUACCGCGCCGCUGAUAAGAUCCCGGUUCACGUCGAUCAACUCAGAAUUAGAAAGGAAAUUUGGGAUGUGAACCAGUGGCUAAAAACCACCGCGACUAUGAAAUCCACCGCAGAAGACCAUAGAGUUAUGACUUUUGAGGAAGAGCGAACCCGUCGUUGGGAGUGGAAGGUGGUACAAGGAGCUAUAUUUCCUGACGAUGAAACUAUCGUUUCCAAAACCUACCGUUACCUGGAGGCAUCGUAUAAGCAAACCAUCUCUAUCCCACAAUGCCUUACAGGGAUCAGGGCGUCUAUUCUGCACGAGAGAGACAGAACGUAUAUAACAGGUAUGGAUCUCAUCCGUGAGGAUAACUCAAUGAUAAGCGUUGGAUAUAAACUUCCAGGCGAGCAUGUUAUGCUAGCUAUUCGGUCUUUAAGAGGCUUUGAAGUUGCUGUAGGCAGUGGAGGCAUCCGCGCACUGAAACCUAUAACGACUCCCAACUCCUCGCAAUGGCUGGGAAGCCCCACAGAUUUCGAUCCAAGAUGGCACCUGCAGUGCGAUAGGGCUUGUAUAACCAGUCGACUGGUAUCAGAUGUGGAGAUAGAUGCGCUUGAGUUUACGUUUGAUGUCAGUCUGUUUAACCCUGUCUUCAUCUUCUCCUACCCCUGA